GUGCGGCGCUUGGAAGGCAAACGCGCCCGCCCGAACCCCCGCCCCCACCAAAAACGCGAACUGGACAACCACUCGUACCCAAGUCAAUCCCAUAAACACCGCCCGCCCGCCUGUCUGCCUAGAGGUCUCUAUAUAUCCACAUACCUAGCUGUUGCUACUGCUGCUGCUCGAGAAAUACGGCAUUUUCCCCUCCUCAUCUUCUCUGUUCUCUUCUCUUCUCCUCUCCCGUCUCAACUCCCCCCACCACCCACCAUGUCGGGGUCGGUACAGAUCACCUCGCCAUCACAGCUAAGCACGCUGCUGUCGUCUUCCCGCAUCGUCGUGGUUAACUUCUACAACGAGUGGAGUCCGGCCUGCAAGACGAUAAACCCCGUAUACGACCAGCUCGCAAGCUCACUAUCACGCCCCGGAAACGUCACUUUUGCCAAAGUCAAUGCCGAGCAGCAGGGCCAGAUCGCCCAGAGCUACAGCGCCACUAGCCCGCCCGUCUUCAUAAUCUUCAGAAACGGUCAGCAGGUCUCCAAGACCACCGGCGCCAACCCCACCCAGCUUUCCAAUGUCAUCAAGCAGCUCGCAGCCGAGGCGGAGGGUCCAGGCGCAUCGGGUGGCUUUGGAGAAGCAAGUGGAAGUGGGGGGAGCGGCGGAGGAGGCUGGCGUGGAGCUGGCCUGCCUCGCGGAUACACAGAUGUCACGGAUCAAGUCGACGUGCGUGGACUGGAUCUGUUAAAUUCAGACGGCGACUUUGGAGGCGUACGGACCCUGUUCGAGACCACGCAACCAAGCACGCUGGCCGCAGGCAAAGGCAAGGCGGCUGCGACCGGAUCAGACGCAAAGAAGGACUGGGUCGAGAGCGAUGUGGACGAGCAGUUGAUGCUCUACGUGCCUUUCACUUCCACGCUCAAGGUCCACACCAUUCACAUCACAUCCAAUCCCACCGCGGGUGACGACGAGGACGAGGACGAAGUUCCCUUGCGCCCCAAGACGAUCCAUCUAUACAUCAACAAACAACACAACUUGGGCUUCGAGGAGGCCGAGGACAUCCAGGCCACUCAAUCAUUUGAGCUGAAGCCAUCGGAUUGGGACGACAAGACAGCCACAGCCAAGCUGGAGCUCCGGUUCGUCAAGUUCCAGAACGUCAGCUCGCUGGUUUUGUUCGUUGCAGACGGAGAAGGUGAUGGCGAGAAGACACGCAUAGAUCGCAUCAGGAUUAUUGGCGAGACCGGAGAGAAACGUGACAUGGGCAAAUUGGAGAAGGUGGGACAAGAUGAUUGAUCUGGAGUCCCUGCGUAUGUCUGUUCUUUUGCAGUAGACUUGAGACGACCAUCCAUAGAUAGAUGCUAUUCCUUUAUACCAAUGACACGCAUGACGGUUCUGUUUUUAUUUUUUUGGUCACUAAGCCGGGUGGAAUAUUGAUGCUUCCACAUCAACAUGCGAUGCCCAUAGGCUUGGUAUGUUCGACCCUUUUCCAGUAAUGGCGUCACUCAGAACAGACGCCCUCACAAAGUGUAUACGAUCGAUUAUGCAAUAUGUUUUCUCUGGGAGAUCCAUGACGCUUGCGCAGCCAUUGCUGAAGGUCUGGCAAAUAACAGGGGAAACUGUACAUUGGAUCUCUGCCGCACAAAGAGCAGAAAAGUUUCCCAAGGCCGAAGAGUUUUUAUAUCCUCGCGGUAGCGGCGCGCAACGUUUUUCCGUCCCGCGCGCUAUUCCCUUUCGGGCCCGCCUAGCGAGACGCGAGAGA